AUGAAGUUCACCGCUGCUAUCCUCGCUCUCGCCACCUCUGUGGUUGCUCUGCCCAACGUUGGCCCCAGCGGUCAGGGUGAGGCCCACGGCAAGGAGGUCAGCAAGCCCGGCGCUCAGCAGCCUUUCUGGCCUCUCCAGCAGGACGUGAGUGUCGAAGAGGCCAAGGCUCUCUGCGGUAACCAGGCCCAGGUGGCCUGCUGCAACGACGUCGCCUACACUAGCGGUGACACCACCCAGGUCUCCAGCGGUCCUCUGGCUGGUGCUCUCACGGACCUUCUGGGCGGCAAGAACGGUGCCAGGGGUCUUGCUCUAUUCGACAAGUGCUCCAAGCUCAACGUCGACCCCGCUGACGACGCUACAGUCCUCAUUGGUGUCAGCGACAUUGUCAACCAGCAGUGCAAGCAGAACAUUGCUUGCUGCCAGAACGACAGCGCCUCUGCGGACGGCGAUCUCAUCGGUGUCAACAUUCCUUGCGUUGCUCUGGGUUCUCUCCUGUAA